AUGUUUAACAGCCAUACGCAUAUUAAUGGGGAAACCCCAGCGGCCCAGCAGCUCAGUGAGGCCGAGUUCCGUGUUAUCAAUCAGUUGCGACGCUUGCAACAGCAGCGCGCCCAGUACGUACCCGUCAUCGGUCGUCAUGAGCCAUUGGGGAUGAUCAGCUACGACGGUCGCCAGUUCCUUGAAAUUCGUCAAAAUUUUUCACCCAUUCUGGUUCCCACUCACAUGCUGACCACAGUACGCACAUUUAUUGCUCAGAACCUGCCGCGGCACAUACGGUCUUUGGGUGCACAAACGCAGUCACCGCCACAGUCACCACCAACCUUGCAGCCACCAUACAUGCCGACUAGCCCUCUGUCAGAAAUAUCGCAGACUCCACAGACACCGCAGCCAGCUUUCAGGACGGGCGCUUCAUUUUACGACAGCACUUCCCCAUUGGGUUUGAAUGGGAUGGGCAUGUCAUUAGCCCAGCCAAGUGCACCAGUAUCCGAGCCGGUUCCAAUUCCUCAGAUUGACAACAACUCGGCUCUGCUCACUUCUUUGCCAUCCAACUUUGCAACUUCGAUUUCAGCCAUGACCAAUGGCGGGUUCAACCAAGCGACAUCGCCUCGCCAAAACAGAUACAUAAGUGCUGAGGAUUUGCUUACAGCGGAAAUUAAAAGCAAGGGCAGUCUGGUCCAUUCUAGGUCCCCAUCUAUAAGCGGCAAGGUAUCGAAGCGCUCGGCAUCAACCAAACUGCUCAAGUCGCCAAAAAUGUUGCAGCGUGGCCAGGAGUUUAAAGGCCAAUCCAUGCAAACCAAUCGUGUCAUUCGUGAGGACUGCGUGGACGACGAGACCAUCGAGGACGAAAAUGCUGAUUGCAACGACAUGGACAUUGCCCUUCGGAAGCAGAAGCCCGGAAUCAGUGUUGAAGCAGCAUCGUCUGUUAUUGGCAAGAGUUGGCGCGAGGAGUCUGAGGAGGUUAAAAGUAUUUUCAAGGAGUUGGCCCAGGUUGAGCGCGAGAAGUACUUUGCCAAGAAGAAGCGCGUACUGGCGCGGCAGAAGGUCAAGAAGGCCGAGCGCGACGAGGUGACAUUGUCGCCAACUCCGCGCAGCCCGCAGAAAGCGCCCGAGUUGCUGCCCAAGACUAAAGCGCCCAGCCAGAUAAUCUUUUCCGAGUCACGCGGUCUGAGCUCGUUUGCACCCGAGGCCCUGGCCGAGGGUUCUCUUAAUGUCAUGUCGUACCAAGACCACUCCAAUUUGCAAAUGUCGCAGCCUCGAAAUGUGAAUGCACUCACUUCAGACCAAGUCGCAGUCAACCUUGACAACAAUGGCCAUCGACCAGCCCUUGCCCGCAGCUUACAACAAUGGCAGGAAUGGCAAUGGAAGUGUCGAUAUCACUAA